GCUGUUUGCCAGGAUGUUUAAUAGGAAGCUCCUUCCUUUGUGACAUCAGCAGGCAGGUAGCUAAGGGGACUGUUUGAGACACUCUUAGAACAACAGCCACUUUUGUGGGAGUGCAAGAACAGCUUUUAAAACUGAGGGUACAUAUUCAGGCUUCAUUAGGAUCCUGAAUCCCAGCCAGCCGGUAAAAUAUGGGUUCUACCCAGAGGGGCACCACCUAUCAAAUGCUCAAGACAAAUAAAACUGGGACUAAGGUAAUAGUUUCAACACAGAAAGGGGCUGAGAUAACGAGCACAACUCCUCAUCAGGGACGUGGGUCCAUUGCUGCCUCAACCCAUCGAAGUGCUGUAAUCACCAUGAGCCCUCCUAUCCAUCGAAGAUCAGAACCCGGGCAUACCAUCAUUCCCAGAGAUGAUCAUCGCUUUAGCCUCCCAGGAAGCAGCUUCACUGGAGCACCCAUCUCUAGAGGAACUGAGAGUCGAUCAAAAUCAGACGCAUAUCACCAUUCCUCUCUUCACCGAAAGAUCCAGCAAACUCAGCCAUCAUCUUCCUAUGUGCAGCGGGCUAGUAGUCCUCACAAAGAGGAAUCCCCACGAAAAAGGGCUGAGAGCAAGGGAGGGCAGGACUUGAAUCGUUACUCGACCACAAAUGUCAAAUCCUCUCGCCGGUUGAGUUUUGUAGACCAGAAGGAUAAUAUACAAAUCUUACCAGAAGACCCACCCUCCAAGGUCCAGAACCCACAAGGGGUCAGAGUUCCCCGUAGGCCUUUGGUUUGCCCAAAGGAUGAAGCAGUCCAAACUGAGCCCACCAGAAAGAGUAUAACUAUUACUACGAACAGAUCUCCAAGGAAAGCCUCCAGCCCGGAACGCAGCUCUAGCCGCCCUUCUGCAGACCCUCGGACAGCUCAGAGAAGGACCCCGGACCAAGAGUCUGAGACGAAUCAUUACAGCCGCCCCUAUGCAGACCCUCGGACAGCUCAGAGAAGGAUCUCUGACCAGGAGGCCGAGACGAAUCAUUACAGCCGCACCUAUGCAGACCCUCGGACAGCUCAGAGAAGGAUCCCUGACCAAGAGUCUGAGAUGAAUUAUUACAGCCGCACCUAUGCAGACCCUCGGACAGCUCAGAGAAGGAUCUCUGACCAGGAGGCUGAGACGAAUCAUUACAGCCGCACCUAUGCAGACCCUCGGACAGCUCAGAGAAGGACCCCGGACCAAGAGUCUGAAACGUAUUAUUACACCCACACUUACACAGACCCUCAGACAGCUCAGAGAAGGACCCCUGACCAAGAGUCUGAGACGAAUUAUUACAGCCGCACCUAUGCAGACCCUCGGACAGCUCAGAGAAGGAUCCCUGACCAGGAGUCUGAGACGAAUUAUUACAGCCGCACCUAUGCAGACCCUCGGACAGCUCAGAGAAGGACCCUGGAGCAAGAGUCUGAGAUGAAUUAUUACAGCCGCACCUAUGCAGACCCUCGGACAGCUCAGAGAAGGACCCUGGACCAAGAGUCUGAGACGAAUCAUUACAGCUGCACCUAUGCAGACCCUCGGACAGCUCAGAGAAGGAUCCCUGACCAAGAGUCUGAGACAAAUCUUUACAGCCGCACCUAUGCAGACCCUCGGACAGCUCAGAGAAGGAUCCCUGACCAAGAUUAUGAAACGGGUCACUACAACUCAAUUUAUAUAGAACCCAAGCCCUUGCACAGGAACAAGAACGUGGAACCAUCCCUCAGACUCUCUAUCCUUAAAGAUUUGGAUGGUGGACACCGAGUUUCUAUGCGUGAACCUAUCCAUAAGCAGUCUGUCCACACUGAAACGAAGCCCUCCCCAAAAGUCUUGAUGUCAUCAGAAGUGGAGGCCAACAUGAAGUCCCCAAUGCGAGGAGAUAACGAGGUCAGCCGCAGAGUCACCAUAUACUCAGGAGUACAGCCAACCCACCAUGUGACACCUCGGAGAGUGUCUGAGAGCCCCCACAAACCUCCUGAGCCUGUCAGUAAGCAGCGUACCCCAAAACCCUCAGAAAAUGUCUACAUGUCCCCAGCACCCUCCCCAAGUCACUCUGCUCAUGCGAAAAUGGAACUGACCCCUCGGCCCCUACCCCCUCGGUCCUUACCUAAGUAUGGGCCUGACUGCUCAUGGUGGCCCUUACUCAAUCCUGACAUUGAAAUGCCUCAAAGCCGGCCAACAACACCUGAUUUGGAGCCUAAAUCCCCGCUUCCUGCAGACUAUUCAUUGUCCUUUUUUGAAAUGGACUCAAGCCCUUUCUGUGACGAUCUGCUGCCCCAGCGAGAGAAGGCAAGUCCAUCACCACCACCAGCACCAGCAACAUCACCACCACCACCACCACCACUACAAUCAGCAACGGAGCCUCCAAGCUGGGCACCAUUGAGGGAAGUGCCACAGGCUCCCAAGCACACCUCCAAACAACCCAUUCAAAGGUUUAGUGCUUUCUUCUUGGAUGUCUCUGAGGAAAUGUUCAAUCGUGUCAUCUGGUGGCUAAAAGGUCUGUGCUUUUCCCUCCCAUUUCAUUGUGGGGGUUUGGGGGACAGGAGGACAGGUGGGAAGGUAGCCUUGAUGUAUGUACAGAGCUAG